AUGAAAGCCAUCAAACUCUACGCCUGGGGGAGUGCUUUCAUGCAAAAGCUCAACUACGUCCGAAACGAUCAGGAAUUGAAGACCUUGAGGAAGAUUGGUGCAGCUCAAGCUGUUGCUAACUUCACUUGGUCUACUACUCCUUUCUUGGUUUCAUGUUCUACAUUUACUGUCUUUGUAUUGACUCAGGAUACACCUCUAACUACCGAUAUUGUCUUCCCUGCCCUCACACUCUUCAACCUCCUGACCUUCCCCCUCGCCAUCUUACCCAUGGUCAUUACCUCCAUCAUUGAAGCUUCAGUCGCUGUUGGAAGAUUAACUUCCUUCCUUACUGCAGAAGAACUCCAGCCAGAUGCAAUCAACUUGCUUGGCCCGGUGGACGAGAUUGGUGACGAGUCGUUGACUAUUCGGGACGGAACUUUCUCUUGGGACAGGCAUACUGGACGCAACGCCCUUGAAGACAUAAACUUCUCCGCUUCUAAGGGGGAACUUACCUGUGUCGUUGGGCGAGUGGGUGCUGGGAAGUCCUCAUUUCUUCAGGCGCUCCUGGGAGACUUGUGGAAAGUCAAGGGACAAGUUACAGUUCAUGGGAAAAUGGCAUAUGUUGCUCAGCAGGCUUGGAUCAUGAAUGCAAGCGUCAAGGAGAAUAUCUUGUUCGGCCACCGCUGGGAUCCAGUAUUCUAUGACAAAACGGUCAAGGCCUGUGCUCUGACUGAGGAUUUUGCUCAGUUGCCCGAUGGGGAUGAUACUGAAGUUGGAGAACGUGGAAUUUCGCUCAGUGGAGGUCAAAAGGCGCGCUUGACAUUGGCAAGGGCUGUUUACGCCAGAGCUGAUAUCUAUCUGCUUGAUGAUUCCCUGUCAGCUGUGGACCAACACGUUGGACGGCACCUGAUUGAAAACGUGCUCGGACCAAACGGCUUGUUGGGUGGCAAGACGAGAGUUUUGGCUACAAACUCCAUUCCCGUCUUGAUGGAAGCUGAUUUCAUCUGCUUACUUCGAGAUGGAAAAUUGAUUGAACGCGGCACAUACAACCAGCUCAUGGCAAUGAAAGGAGAGAUCGCAAACCUUAUCAAGACAGCCGGCAACCAAGAUCAGUCUGCGGAGCCUGAAGUUGCUUCAAGCGAUGAUUCCUCUACCAUAAUUGACACGGAAGAUGGCGAAGAUGAUCUCCAGAGAGACGAAGCUGAAGAAGCACAAGAACACUUGACCCAACUCCAACCCAUCAGACCCGGGGGCUCAGGAACCAAGAAGCGAAAGGGAAGCACAGUGACCCUGAGACGGGCCAGCUCUGCAAGCUUCAGGGGGCCUCGAGGAAAACUUCGCGAUGAGGAAGAAUCACAUGCAAAGACAAAACAAACCAAGGAAUUCUCUGAGCAAGGGAAAGUAAAGUGGAACGUCUAUGCAGAAUAUGCUAAGACAAGCAAUCUGCUUGCUGUCGCAAUCUACGGACUAAUGUUAAUCGGUGGACAAACUUUACAGAUCGGGGGUAGUGUUUGGCUCAAGAGCUGGGCCGAAGUCAACGGCAAGGAGGGACACAAUCCACAAGUCGGCAAGUACAUCGGCGUAUAUUUUGGUUUCGGCAUCGGCUCGGCCGCCCUGGUCGUCGUGCAGACUUUGAUACUUUGGAUAUUCUGUUCUAUUGAGGUAGGUCUAAGAAUUGCAUGA